AUGGGCGCGGAAGUCUCCCCUCAGCUUCCGGAGGGCAUCUCUUCCCUCUUGGAUACGGAUUUGUACAAGUUGACAAUGCAAUGCGCUAUCUUGAAGUACUAUCCUGACGUCUAUGUGACCUAUGGCUUCACGAAUCGGACCCCGAACAUGAAGCUGCGACGCGCGGCAUACAAAUGGCUUCUUCAGCAGAUGGACAAACUUGCAACUCUCCACGUCACCGCCGAAGAACGCGCGUUCCUUAAGAAGAAAUGCCCAUACCUCAACGAUGCCUACAUCACCUUCCUUGAAACAUUCCAGCUCAAGCCACACGAGCAUGUUGAAAUCAAAUUCACGCCGAUUGAGGAUAACGGAAGUAACGAUGAUGAGGGCAUUAUCGACUACUCUGUUAAGGGACUCUGGCUCGACACGAUCUUGUACGAGAUUCCGUUGCUGGCUUUGACGAGCCAGGCAUACUUCAUGUUCAGUGACAAAAACUGGGAUUACGAUAAUCAGGAAGAAAAAGCAUUCCAGAAGGGUCGUGAACUUUUAAAGAAUGGCUGCAUCUUCUCCGAAUUUGGCACCCGUCGCCGACGAGACUACCAUACCCACGACCUUGUGAUGAAGGGGCUGUACCGUGCAGCGGAGGAGGGAAAGAGCCAUGACUGGAAGGGUGUGCUGACUGGUACCAGCAAUGUGCACUUUGCCAUGAAGUAUGAUGUCAAUGCCGUGGGAACAGUGGCACACGAAUGGUAUAUGACUAUCGCAGCCAUUACAGACGACUAUCAGAAUGCUAACGAGGUCUCACUGGCAAAAUGGCUCGGAUGUUUUGGCGAUGGAGUUCUCGGCAUUGCCCUCACUGAUACAUUCGGCACACCGGCGUUCUUGGAUGCCUUUAGCAAGCCUAUCCCGGCAGAUGUCAGUGCCACUUCCCAUGGCAAGACCUAUGCUCAAGUCUACACUGGCGUCCGUCAAGACUCAGGUGACCCAACCAAUUUUGUAAAGCUGGUGCGUGACUUUUACGAUCGCCAGGGCAUCACUGAUAAGAAGGUUAUUGUGUUCUCCGACUCGCUGGACAUUGAGCACUGCCUAGAAUACAAGAAAAUUGCCGAAGAGGCGAAUUUCAAUCCUUCUUUCGGUGUAGGAACUUUCUUCACCAAUGAUUUUAUCAACAUGGCCUCUUCUGAAAAGUCAAAGCCUCUUAAUAUCGUCAUUAAGAUCGCUACUGCAAACGGUCGACCGGCUGUCAAGCUUAGCGAUAAUUUGGGCAAGAAUACAGGUGAUCAAACCAAGGUUCAAGAGGUUAAGAAGAAGCUGGGUUACACAGAACUACAGUGGGAACAGGGUGAUGAGAGUAAUCGCUGGACUAAGCAGACAUAA